CCGACCACCCACUCACACAAUGUCCGCUGCCCCCGCCCCCCUGCCUGCGACCAUGCGCGCCGUGGUCAUGAACGGCCCGUUCGACGUCAAGGUCAAGGAGGUGCCUGUGCCCCAGCUCGAGAAGGACACCGACGUAUUGAUCAAGGUGCACCUGGCCGGCCUGUGUGGCUCCGAUCUCCACGCGUACCGCGGCCACGAGGAGGGCAGCGGGUACGUCAUGGGCCACGAGGUCGUCGGGACCGUCGUGGCGACUGGCGCCGCCGUCAACAAGUUCAAGGUCGGCGACCAUGUCAUCGCGCCCUUCUCGGUCUCUUGCGGGAACUGCUUCUACUGCGACCAGGGCUACACGUCCCGGUGCGACCAGAACGCGUGCCUCAUCGGCGGGCAGGCAGAGUACUUCCGCAUGCCGCUCGCCGACGGCUGCCUGUUCCCUUUCCCGGCCGGGCUGCCAGAGGACGUCGCGCUGCUGAUGACGGAUAUCCUGCCGACGGGGUACAGCAGUGCGAUGAACGCGCGGCGGUUGCUCGACAACGACGCUGCACAGUGGACCUAUGCCGACGCGCUCGCCGGCACCGUGCCCAAGAAGGGCGUGGCGGUCGUCAUUGGCUGCGGGCCGGUCGGGCUGUGCGCCAUCUCGUCGGCGCGCACGCUGUUCGAGACGGUGUACGCUACUGAUCUGGCGACGCAGCGCCUAGCUCUGGCGGAGAAGCACGGCGCCAUCGCGCUCCCCCUGCCCGAGCUCAAGGAGGCGCUGGCCAAGGCCACGAACGGGCGGGGCGCCGACGCCGUGCUCGAGGUGGUCGGCCACGCUGGCGCCGUGUUGACUGCUCUCGAACUUGUGCGGCCGUACGGCGCCGUCUCGUCCGUCGGCGUGCACUCGCGCCACAUCGACCUCGACGGCGACCAGCUCUACUCGAAGAACGCGCGCCUCCAGUUCGGCCGCUGCUCCGUCCGCACCUUCUUCCCGCUCGCUGCCAACGUGCUCCGGGACAACCUCGACGUGUUCAAGAGCUUUGUCGAGAACAAGGUGGAUCUGGACGAGGCCGAGAAGUACUAUGAGCUCUUUGAGCAGAACAAGGUCGCCAAGACUGUGUUCGUCAUGCCCAAGUAAUGUGGCGUGGGGCUGGACGCUUCGGCUCAGCAUUAACACGCGUCGACGUAUCCUCGCCGGCGUAUGUAGCACAUAGACGCGGGUCGUGAGAUGUAGAUCUGGAUAAAGGCACAUGCAUGCAUCAG